UAACGAUAAAUAUCACUGUCAAGAAUAAGAAAAGGAAAAACCCAAAAAGCACGAACGAACGAGCAACCAAUAACCGACCAUGACAGUCCCAAACGAUGCCGUUUCCGCCGACGGCGACCGCGCCGGCGAGUUGGAACUCAGCGGCGGAGAAGGAAGCGGCGGCGGCCGUGGCGUCGGAGUAGGGAAGGUGAAGGGGCCGUGGUCACCGGAGGAGGACGCGGUGCUGAGUCGGCUGGUGGGGAAGUUUGGGGCGAGGAAUUGGAGCCUGAUCGCGCGGGGGAUUCCGGGGAGGUCCGGUAAGUCUUGCCGCCUCCGGUGGUGCAAUCAGCUCGAUCCCGGCGUUAAGCGCAAGCCCUUCUCCGAUGAAGAAGAUCGUAUUAUAGUUACAGCCCAUGCAAUCCAUGGAAACAAAUGGGCCGCAAUUGCAAGACUUCUGCCUGGUAGAACAGAUAAUGCAAUUAAGAAUCACUGGAACUCUACUCUGAAACGCAAGUGUGCUGAACUAGGAGGGCUUAAACCAGCUCCUGGUGGCAUGACUCUUGAUGGUGGCCUUGACAUGACAAAGGCAUCUUCAGAAGAAACACUGUCAGCUGGCAAUAUGAAUUCACUAAGAAAUUCAGAAGGAAGAGAGAUCUCAGUGGACAAUAGAUCAUCCCAGUAUGAAAACAGCGCUCAAGUGGAGGGUUGCAUUGCUGAAGAAGAUCAUCAUAACCUUGUUUCGUUAGCAGAACAUCACCCUACUGUUUCCCGGCCAGUGGGACGAAUCAGCGCAUUUAGCGUCUAUAAUCCUUUAAGAGGCCUGUCAAAUUCUUCUGUAUUUUCAAGGACAGUCCUGACUCCUGGACCUUUGUGUCAAGGUUCCAAACCAGAACUUGGAGCCUGCAAACUCUUUGAAGAGUUCUGUAGUGAGCCGAUGGUUCCUUUGCGAUGUGGUCAUGGAUGCUGCGUGAAUUCAAGGAUAAGACAAUCUCAUAGCUCGUUGCUGGGACCCGAGUUUCUCGAAUAUGAGGAGUCACCCUCUUUCUCAAGCCAUGAAUUAAUCUCUAUUGCGACAGAUUUGAACAAUAUAGCAUGGAUAAAGAGUGGCCUUGAGACUACUGGUGCCAGAGCUCCAAACGAUGCAGCAAUCCUCGAGACCUCUCGAGGGGCUGUGACUACCUCACAAGUUGGAAUAUUAGAACAGAACAAAAGGAAUGAUCAUUUUCGCUUUGAAGAAGGACAGAACAAGUUGAUGGGAAUGAUGACAGAUGCUCUGUCAUCCCAGAUGCCUAGACGAAGUUUUGCAAUGCCAACCGAAGUUGAGGGCUUGGGCUGAUUAUUUAUGUCUGGUUUUCUUCCUUUUCUCAAGCUAUUUCAUUUGAAGAGAAAGGUACAUAAUUUGGUGAGUGAGUCGUCACGUAUCGGCUGAUAUUACAAAUGAGAAUUCGAUUUACAUAGAUCUGAGGCGUGUCUCUGAAACUAUAUUUAGACUUGUUCUACCAUAGGACUGAAACGUAUUCACAGCCCGCUUUACUAUAUGAGGCUAUGCUUUUACUUGAUCAAACUUCUUGUAUACUUGUUUUUCAAGUUGGUCAAAUGGCCCAAAGCUUUUUAGAAGACAAAAGUUCUCAAAAGUAAAAAGGGACUGCUGAAAUCUCUUCAAGUGUUUUAGAUGGUCAUGAC